AGGAGAGCGGAAAAAAAAAACUCGGGAGCUAAAGCUUGGCGUUCUCCUCCAUUGUUUUCUUUCAUGGCCAAACGGGACGAAGCAGUUCUUUCUCUGGCCAUCCUCCUUCAAGUUUCUUCUUGAAGCUGCUCUCUAAAAAAUGGAUCAUUCUUGCCUGAGAAUCGUCCGAUUCGACAAUCUCAGCCAUAGAUUCCACCGCCGGGUUCUGAUUCUCCGGAGGUUCUCCCGGUUACUUUGGAAUCGGAUCCUCGCUUGCACUCCCGGAAAGUCCCGUCGCUACCUGUUGCUCCCCCCCGCCGCUCCGUCGCCGAUUCCGUCCCGUCCUCUGCAGCCGCCUCCGACGAUCUCCGCAGCGGACGGUGCGCCGUUCAUUUGCGAAGCAUCUGUGUAUCGCCGCGACGACAGCUACCGGAAAUCCGACUCCGAUCUGGUCUCGCUUAAGAUCAGCCUCCUGGGAGAUUCACAGAUCGGGAAAUCUAGCUUUCUGGCGAAAUACGUCGGUAACGAGAAAGAGGUGGAGAAAGCACAAGAGAAAGGGAUCAUUCUAAUGGACAAGACGUUAUCAGUGGGAGGAGCUCGAAUUUCAUACAGUAUAUGGGAAUUGCAAGGAGACGAACAAACGAGGGAUCAAAUCGCCAUGGCUUGCAAGGACUCUGUAGCCAUUCUGUUCAUGUUUGAUCUCACGAGCCGUUGUACCCUCAACAGUGUGAUAAGCUGGUACCAGCAAGCAAGGAAGUGGAAUCAGACAGCGAUUCCGGUUAUGGUAGGAACCAAGUUUGAUGAGUUCAUCCAGCUCCCUAUUGAUCUGCAAUGGACAAUCGCCAGCCAGGCGAGAGCGUACGCAAAGGCAUUGAACGCGACGAUAUUCUUCUCGAGUGCGUCGUACAACAUAAACGUGAACAAGAUCUUCAAGUUCGUGACGGCUAAGCUGUUCGACUUACCAUGGACCGUGGAGCGGAAUCUCAACAUCGGAGAACCCAUUAUCGAUUUCUAGAAUGUUCCGGAAACCCUCGAAUGUACAUAAAAAAGAUGGAAUCCGACCGGUUUAGCCGUCGGAUAUUCUGAAACGAAAUGGAGAGAGGAGGGGGCGUAGAACUCGCCCGCGUCUCCAUUAUUUGGUUCACCGUCAAGCUGGUAUACAAAAUGAUUAUUUGUCUUUGAAUAAACUAAAAAAUAUGUGGUUGUAAAAAGUAAAAAGUAA